GCCUGGCGAUGCCUUCCAGAUCCAGUUUUCCAUUAACGGAGAGAAGCAUGUGGUAUACGAAAGCUACCCUGCCACCACGACUCUCAAUGAUUACAUCAGAGAUGUGGCCGGACUCAAGGGGACUAAAGUCAUGUGUCGAGAAGCCGGGUGCGGCUGCUGUGCUGUGGCUGUCACCCACGCCUCUGGUGGCGACAAGGUGGAGACGAUGAGCAUCAAUUCGUGCAUAACUCCCUUGUACAGCGUAGAUGGCUGGCAGAUUACUACAACAGAAGGUAUAGGAAAUCAGAAAGAUGGCUUUCAUCCAAUCCAAAAACAAGUGGCCAAACAUAAUGCCACCCAGUGUGGAUACUGCACACCUGGCUUUGUCAUGUCUAUGUAUGGCCUUCUCCACCAGAACCCUAAGCUUACCCAGCAAGAGAUUGAAGACUCAUUUGAUGGCCACAUUUGUCGAUGCACAGGAUACAGAUCUAUUCUUGACGCCAUGAAGACUUUUGGCUCGGAUGCUACAGGACCGAAUGCAAAGCCAAUUGAUAUUGAGGACCUAAACAAGCAUCUGUGCCCAAAAACUGGAGAAAAAUGUAAAAAGGACACAAAAUCCAACUGCCCAAUUACACCCCCUUCUUCUUUGUCCCUUGAUCUCAGAGACAGCAAAUGGCACAGACCACUUAAUCUAAAGGAACUUGGAACCAUUUUUACCAAAAACAAGGGCAAAUCCAUCAGGCUGGUGUUUGGAAAUACUUCAACAGGCAUCUUCAAAUUUGAUGGCCCUUAUGACAUCUACAUAGAUCUGCAUAGUGUGGAAGAGUUAUACCAGUACAAAGAGUCAGCCAGCAGUGUGAUAUUUGGAGCCAAUACAACCUUGACCAAGCUGAAGGAGCACAUGAAGAACCUUCAGUACAAGCCUGGAUUUUUCUACUGCACCCGUGUUAUCAGGCAUCUUAAAGUGUUGGCAAGCGUCUUAGUCAGAAAUGCUGGCUGCAUUGCUGGUAACUUGAUGAUCAAACAUAAUCACCCAGAUUUUCCUUCUGACCUCUUCACAAUGAUGGCAGCCAUUGGGGCAAGUGUUGGAGUCUAUGAUACAAGCUCAGGAAAGAUUACCAAACAUCCAAUACUGGAGUUUUUACAGAAAGUCAAAAUGGCAGGAAAAGUUCUGGCUUUUCUGGAGAUUCCGAAAUUUGAAGAGAAUGAGCACUAUCGCUCCUUCAAGAUCACUCCAAGAUGGCAGAAUGCGCAUGCUUAUGUGAAUGCAGCUUUCAAAAUACAAGUGGAAAAGCUUCUUGUGAAAACCAAACCUUCAUUUGUCUUUGGUGGAAUCAAUGCAGAGACAGUUCAUGCUACAAAGGCAGAAGAAUUCAUCAAAGGAAAAACUCUGAGUGAUGCUGUCAUAAAAGAAACUUUGAAAAUAUUGGCUUCUGAGCUAAAGCCAUCAUCAGAUGAUCCACUGCAUGCCUCAGCUAAAUAUAGACAUGAUUUGGCUGUCAAUUUGCUUUACAAGACCUUGCUGGAGGUGGCUAAGCCAACAGAUCCAAAGAUUCGCAGUGGAGCUGACAGCAUGGAGCGUCCAAUAUCAUCUGGACUUCAAACAUUUCAAGAGAAGAAGAGUGAAUUCCCUUUGAUGCAAGCCAUGCCCAAGCUGGAAGCACCACUUCAGGCAUCAGGAGAAACUGUUUAUGCAAAUGAUAUCCCUGCAUUCCAAAGAGAGCUGUAUGGGGCUUUUGUCAUUUCUACUGUUGCAAUUGGUGCUAUCGUAAACAUUGACUGCUCCGAGGCACUGGCAAUCCCAGGUGUGGUCAAGUUCAUCAGUGCUGCAGACAUUCCAGAGGGAGGUAAAAACAACUUCAUGGAUGUUGUAUUCUUCCCAACUAUUGGAGCUGAAGAGGUUUUUGUGUCCAAGAAUGUAGAAUAUGCUGGACAAAGCAUUGGCCUUAUCCUGGCAGAAACACAAGCUCUUGCCGAGCUUGCUGCCAGAAAGGUGAAGAUCACUUACGGCAGCAUGCAGGAGCCGAUCAUUUAUGUUGAAGAUGGAGUUGCCAAGGGAUCAUUUUUCGAGCAGAAAUUCAAUAAAAUUAUGGGCCAGUCUGAAGAUGCACUGAAGAAUUCUGACCUAACUGUGUCAGGACAAAUCUAUGAAGGGGGACAAUACUACUACUACAUUGAAAACCAGGUUUCUGUAGCUGUGCCCACAGAGGAUGGCAUAGAUGUAUAUUCAUCCACGCAAAUGCCAGACAUGACUCAGAAGUCCUCAGCUGACAUUAUUGGCAAACCAUUGAACUACAUCAAUUUGAUUGGUUGCCGUGUUGGUGGGGCAUUUGGAGGAAAGGCCCUCUACUCUAGUGUCAUGGCCGCAGCAGCCACACUAGGCAGUUAUGUCACAAAAAGACCUGUUCGUGUAUGUGUCAGUAUGAGCACCAACAUGAAACUUAUUGGCAAGCGGUUCCCUCUGAUUGCACGAUACAAGGCUGGCUUAAACCGUGAUGGCAAGAUGAAUAGCAUUGAUCUUGAGAUCUUUGCUGACAAUGGAUUUAGACCACCUAUCAUGAUCGAGGAGUUGUUGCAUUCACUAGACCAAG